GCGUGUUUGCGAUGAUGUGCUUCCAUCUGUGGGGAGAGGGAAAACCCAAGCAAGUUUUGGAAAGAGACAACCGCUAUACUGAAACAUGGUUAUAUCAUAGAUGUCUCCGUGGAAAUCUAUAGGCAAUGUGAUAGGAACGUAGGAAGCUGCCAUAUACUGAGUCAGACCAUAGGUCCAUCUAGCUCAGUAUUGUCUACCCAGACUGGCAGCGGCUUCUCUGAGGUUACACACGGGACUCUCAGCCCUAUCUUGGAGAUGCCAGGGAGGGAACUUGGAACCAUGAAGAUGCUCUUUCCAGAGCAAGCCCAUCCCCUAUGGGGAAUCUCUUCCAAUGCUCACACAGGUAGUCUCCCAUUCAAAUGCAAACCAGGGUGGACCCUGCUUAGCAAAGGAGUCAAUUCAUGCUUGCUGCCACAAGACUCGCUCUCCUCCCAUGUGGAGCGGAGAGCUGGUCUUGCCUCCAGGUUCAGAGGCAGAAUGCCAGUUUCAGGGGAGCAACAGCAGGAGAGGGGGCAUGGGCUUCAUCUCAGGCUUGGGGGCUUCCCAGUGGCAUCUGGUGGGCCACUGCGGACCACAUGGAUCCUGCCACUUGGGAUUUGACAAGCCUUGCCUCGAACUGUGGUAUGUCAGGACGGAAGCCCUGCUCCCCCAUUCUGUUCAACAUGUGUACAAUCGCUUUACCGUGUACACGGGUAAGAUGUGCCUUUAUUCCUAUAUUAUGCUGAAUACGAAGACAGCCGUACACUUCUGCUCUGUAUCCCGCCUUUGAGGGGGGCCUGAACCCAGGUUCGUUUUUAAGACAAACCUAGGUAUAGCCGUUCACACAAACACGUGUCCAUAUGCGCAGACAGCAGACACCGCUUAAUGUCUAAAUAGUGUCGCUCUGGUGGGGAAUUCUGGGGAAUCAAAAUGGCGGCCACCAGCCUCCGGAUGCCAAGAGAAGCAUGCCGCAGUAUCGCAGCCCUCGACGUCCAAGCAAGCUAUCCGGGGGAAAUUCCCCAAGGUUGUUUAGACAAGCUUCGGAGGUUUAAAACACCACCUCUGGCACAGCUGAUUAUUACUCCAAACAGCCCUCCUGGUGGUAGGAUUACACUGGGUCAUGGGUAGAGUGGCCAUGCCCCCCGAAAUUCCGGUUUCCACCUGGAUUUUAAGCAUCUCACCCAGAUUGCUUGGCCCACCCAGAUCCGCCUGGAUUUUAGCUUUCAUUUAAAAAAAAAAAAAAAAAAAGCUAAGCUCUCGCCCUCGUAGAAGCGGAGUUAUGGAGCAAAACCAUGCAGCCACUAUUCGGCUCACAAAUUAUUUUCACACCCAUUUACAUAAUAAGCAACUUAGGCAACUGGAUUUGGAAAGCCGGAAUAUGACAACCCUAGGGGCACUUGACAACCGGCCCCUCAUCAUCGGCCAGUCCAGCUUUAAAUAACCCACAACAGUCCUAGCAAAUCUCGCGAUGUCUUCGCCUAAAAAGAGAUCUCGUUCCGAGAUCUCGCGAGAGUUCCAGCAGACUCUUUCAACUCUCAGCCACAUCACCAUGGUUGGACACUCGCCCGUUUUAGCCUACAAUCAUCCGCACUAAGCCCAUCCUUGGCCACAAGGUGGGGCACACAGGCUGAGCUCUCUCCUUAUUUGGGGUAAGUUCCCCUGUUUUCUCCUACCCCACAGUUGCCGUUUCUUGACACACAGCAACAUUCAUACAAAAAACUGUCCGUACAGACAUCUGGAUGCAGGCACAGCGUAAUGUCUGGAUAGGCCUUCAGUGUCGCUCUGAUGGGGACUUCUGGGAAAUCAAAAUGGCGGCCACCAACCUGUGAUUCUGAGAAGAAUAUCUCAUUGGUCAAUAUCCCUGACACUCAGAAUAGUCAACAAGGACGUUGCCAGUGAUUUCCCAGCUGCGAAUAGGAUCGUGAGGAACAUCGGAAGCUGCCGUAUACUGAGUCAGACCAUUGGUCCGUCUAGCUCAGGAUUGUCUACACAGACUGGCAGCGGCUUCUCCAAGGUUGCAGGUGGGAAUCUCUCUCAGCCUUAUCUAGGAGAUGCUGCCAGGGAGGGAACAUGAAACCUUCUGCUCUUCCCAGAGCAGCUUUAUCCAUUAAGGGGAAUAUCUUAAAGUGAUCACAUGUAGUCUCCCAUUCAUAUGCAGCUAGGGGGACAAGUUAUGCUUGCUACCGCAAGACCAACUCUGGAGCUAUAUUACUGGCAGAAGGAAUGCUUAACCUUUGCUCUGGCCCCAAUCCAAAUCUCCUGAAGUUCUGUUAACCCCACUGGGGCUGGUGAAACCUGGAAUUUCAGGGGGCAUGUCAACUCUAGGGGGGACUGAAAAUUCAGUCGUAUCUCACCCACAUUGCAUCUAGGGACCUAAAUGUACCAGGAAGUCAGAAAAAGAAUCAUCAGCGGCCAGAAGGGGGCAGCAAAUCUCUUAGUUGUUUGUUAGCUGAUCCUUUAAUAGCCUGUGGGAUUUUUUUUUUUUUAGUGAGAAAUGGAAGGGAACUCUCAGAACAUAAUUUGUAUCUUUCUGCCUGCAUUACUUAGGCAAGAUCUCAUUCCAUGUUUAUGUCCUUUUCAGUCGCAUCAAUUUCAAGAGGAGAGUUAAGCUUAUGUUUAAAUUUUCUCCCCCUUGAAAUUGACCGGGCCUAAAAGUGCUCUUUGUGAAGAACAAAAGGACGGCCAUCUUUGAACGAAUACAAACAGGGUGGAUAUUGAUAUACCACUUUUGACCAAUAUUUCCCAAAGUGGUUAACAAAGAUCUACACAAAGAGGGCCAGCGUGGUGUAGUGGUUAGCGUGCUGGACUAGGACCGGGAAGACCCGAGUUCAAAUCCCCAUUCAGCCAUGAGACUUGCUGGGUGACUCUGGGCCAGUCACUUCUCUCUCAGCCUAACCUACUUCACAGGGUUGUUGCGAGGAGAAACUUAAGUAUGGGCUCCUCUGGGCUCCUUGGAGGAAGAGUGGGAUAUAAAAUGUUAAAAAUAAAAUAAUAAGUAAAUAAAAACGGCUCCCUGUCCCCAAAGGGCUCACAAUCUAAGAAAGAAACAUAAGACAGACACCAGCAACAGCCACUGGAGGGAUUUUGUGCUGGGGACGGAUAGGGCCAGUUGCUCCCCCCGCUAAAUAAAGAGAAUCACCUCUUUUAGAAGUUGCCUCUCAGCUCAGUUAGCAGGGGUUUGGGCUGGUUUGGGCAUCAUAUUAGCUUUUUACUCCAGAUGUGAAGGCCAGUAAUACACAACAAGUGGGGCCCUAGUCCGGAUCAGGGCCCCAAAACAAGGGGGGGUAGUCCUUUACUCCCCAAAUGGUCCCAAUCUGGAUUCAUUCCCCCACCCCCCUGCAAGAAGCCUCCCACCUGGAAACCUAAGGAUCAAUACUUUAUUACAGUCACUGAUAAGAAUAAGAACAAUGCUUACAAACAGAAGCCCAGCAAAAUAAACAACCAGGAUUGUGAUACAGUUGUUAAACAUCAACAAAGAUCAGCUCGAUUUGGUUCCUAAUGUGUUCCUGGUGAAAUUUUACUGGCUAUUAAACAGAACUUAGCCACAUUAUAAGCUCUUAAAUCAUUCUGGUCAGUUAAAAAAUCACCGAGUGGGGAAAAAAUCUGUGCAACCUGGAUGAGAACUAAUAAAAGGAUAUAUAUAUUUAUGCCAUAGGUCUCGAUAAAACUGACAAUAAAGGAGCAUUCAAUAUCUCCCAAGUUGCAGUGAUAAGUAUGUUUUUUGUAGGGGAUUUUUUGAUAUCUUCCGUCCAGAAUAGCUGUAAGUAAGACAUUACACGUUGUUGUUGUUUUUACAUUUAUAUCCCGCUCUUCCUCUAAGGAGCCCAGAGCGGUGUACUACAGCCUUAAGUUUCUCCUCACAACAACCCUGUGAAGUAGGUUAGGCUGAGAGAGAAGUGACUGGCCUAGAGUCACCCAGCACGUCUCAUGGCUGAAUGGGGAUUUGAACUCGGGUCUCCCUGGUCUACAUCAUCCCUGUGUCAAAGCUCUGUGGUAUUUUUGCACUGUUAUCCAGUUUAGAUAUCUAGCAGGGUUAGAAUUUUUAGAACUUAGAACUUUUCGAACUUAGAACUUUUUUUAGAACUUAGAACUUUUGAUAUCUCCCUUCCAGAAAGGCUGUUAGUAAAGCAUUACAUCAUGCCUACGUCAAAGCUCUGCAGUAUUUUGGUACCAUUUUCCAGUUUAGAUAUCUAGCAGGGUUAGAACUUUUAGAACUUAGAACAUUUCGAACUUAGAACUUUUUUUAGAACUUAGAACUUUUGACAUCUCCCUUCCAGAAUGGCAAUUAGUAAGGCAUUAGGAGAAACACAUGGAGACUCUGCUCUCGAACCCGAGCCAGAGGAGUCCUGGAGCCAGUUCCCACUCUCAGCUCUGCCCCAAGGGAAACUGGGGAGGGGCAGACCACUGAACCACCCCAUGGGAAGACCUACCACCAUCUCCACCAAGAUCCAGGGAGAAAUGCCAGCACCGGGCCAGGAUUGUGUUACAGCAGACCAGCUCAACAUUGCCCCCCGCCAACAGUUUUUGGACUACAAGUCCCAUAAUCCCUAGCCACAGUGGCCCAUAGCCAGGGAAGAUGGGAGUUGUAGCCGAGAGUCCCAGCAACAGCACAAGAACACGUGCCUGGCAGCCCAGCGUGGGAAGGCCUCUUGGGGAGGAGGGGGUCUCCUCAGGAGGAAGAGACUGAACUAGACUCAGGUGGUGCAAAGAUAGUCCUGAGAGGGAGGGUGGAGUCUGGCCAGCCUCCAUAUAAGCUCAGCAUCUACACAGACCAGGUAAGGGUUCAACUGCUUUCCAGGCUGGUUUCUUCCAGCUUGUGCCUAGAUGGUGUCUUCUGGAACCUCAUAUGUUCCAAAAUCUUGACAUCCCAGCUCUUUAGCUGUGCUACUGCUAUUGCAUCCUGACCUCACCUGCCUCCAGAAAUACACUGGCUCAACAGCUUUGCCCAGAGGGAAGCUUCAAGCUCAAAAUGAGAAGAUGAAGGAAUUUCCUGACUGCAAGAGAUGCUUGACAGCGGAACAGCCUGCCUCAUGAUGCGAAACCUGAGGUGGAGGUAGCGAUAAAGUGCAUUAACAAGAAGAACCUGGCGAAAUCCCAGACUCUCUUGGGGAAGGAAAUUAAAAUACUCAAGGAACUGAAACAUGAAAACAUUGUGGCCUUGUACGACUUCCAGGAAAUGGCCAACUCCGUUUAUUUGGUUAUGGAGUACUGCAAUGGGGGUGACCUGGCAGAUUACUUGCACGGCAUGAGGACUCUCAGCGAGGACACGAUCCGGCUCUUUCUCCAGCAGAUUGCCGGCGCCAUGAAGGUGCUACACAGCAAAGGGAUCAUCCACCGGGAUCUGAAACCUCAGAAUAUUCUCCUCUCCUUUGCUGGGGGCAAGAAAUCAAAUCCCAAUAACAUCCGCAUCAAAAUCGCGGAUUUUGGAUUUGCACGAUACCUGCAGAGCAAUAUGAUGGCAGCAACUUUGUGUGGCUCUCCCAUGUAUAUGGCCCCAGAAGUCAUUAUGUCUCAGCAUUAUGACGCCAAAGCGGACCUGUGGAGUAUUGGCACCAUCAUUUACCAGUGUCUGACAGGAAAGGCACCCUUCCAGGCCAGCAGCCCCCAAGACCUUCGCCUCUUCUACGAGAAAAACAAGAUGCUAAUGCCCAACAUCCCAAGAGAGACAUCCAGCCACCUGAGGCAGCUGCUGCUGGGACUCUUGCAACGCAAUCACAAAGACCGCAUGGAUUUCGAUGAAUUUUUCCAUCACCCUUUCUUAGAUGCAAGUGCCUCUAUGAAAAAAUCUGCUUCUGUGCCAAUGCCUUCGUACCCCAGCUCCGGCUCUGGGAGUUCUUCUAGCAGCUCUUCCACAUCCCAUCUGGCGUCUCCUCCUUCCCUCGGGGAGAUGCCCCAUCUCCAAGAGAAAGCUUUAGCCUCCCCUACCCAGGGUUCCCCGGGCUUCCUGCACGGCUCGAAAGAAUCCGUUGGCAGCAGCAGCAAGAACUCCUCCUGCGACACGGACGACUUUGUCAUGGUGCCAGCGCAGUUUCCAAGUGAUAUAGCUGUGGAAGCCGCAGGAGGGAAGCCGAUCCAGGACAGCCUGAUGUGCAGCGGCAGCUCCCUGGUGACUUCAGUAGGCUUGGAAAGCCAGGGAAGGACUCCAUCUUCUUCCCCCCCAUACAGCAGUUCUCCCAGCCCAUCAGGUAGGCCUGUUCCGUUUUCAUCAAGCAGCAAAUUUGGACAGUCGGUGCCCAUCCCAGUCCCAACGCAGAUCCACAACUACCAGCGGAUUGAACAGAACCUUCAGUCUCCCAAUCAAUACGUUUCGCCACAGUCUGGCGCAGUUCGGCGGUCCAGCAGCACGAGCCCGCUUGGUUUUGCCAAGGGCAGCCCCUCCCCGCCCUUUGCGGGCGAGCAUGGCGCCAUCCCCACCUCCAGAAGAUUCUCCUUUGGUGGUGCUAAGCCUUACACACCGUCCCCACAAGUUGGGACAAUUCCAGAGCAGCCCGACCAGACUGUUAUCCCUUCUCCUCCUCUAGGAGCCGAGAUGAGGACCCGGGUACCCAUGCCUGGUGUCUCAGUGCCCAGCUCUUCCCCCCGUGGGAUGGGCUCCCGCCUCCACAGCGCACCCAACUUGUCCGAUCUGCAUUCCUGCCGGCAGAAGAUUACCAAGCAGUACUCGGAUCCACUGGCCGCCCAUUUUGGCCACAGCCCGCCUGUCCAGACCCAUGGCCUGCAGCCUUCCUGCCGCCCUCUGAGGUCUUCGCCAAAGCUCUCCGAAUGUAUGCAGAGGAGCCCCCUGCCGACCAUUAUGGGCUCUCCGACAAAGGCGAUGUCCCCUUUUGAGUUCAACAAAACCCCAAGCUCCCAAAAUCUGCUUGCCCUCCUGGCCCACCAGGGGGUCAUGAUAACCCCAACAAGGAACAAGACCCUGCCGGACCUGAAAGAGAUGGGCCACUUUCCCUGCCAGCAGGCAGGCCUUGCUUUGAGGCCGAUGGAUGAAGCCAAAGGCAGGUCGCUCAGCACAGGCCGUCUCACAGAUCUCCUCCUCAAGGCCGCUUUUGGGGCCCAGAUCGCGGAAGCUGGCAGCAGCGACAGCCUGAACAAUGAGAAGCCGAUGGAGAUCACAGCUCCUGCUGCUGCCUGUGGAGGAAACCUACACACUGGGGCUCGAGAUCGGGGUUCAGCAAGCCCAUCUCCAGUGAUCUUUACUGUUGGGUCCCCUCCCAGUGGGACGACGCCACCACAGACCACCCGGAGCCGAAUGUUUUCAGUGGGUUCGUCUAGCUCCAUAAGUUCCGGAGGAUCGUUCAGUGGGCGGCAUUUCAUCAUGGGGGCCGGCGGGGAACUGCUGGAAGCCCCACCGGGUCUCCGAUACGCGUUUGGCGAUCCUAUCCCAGCCAGCCUGGAAGGAGCAGUGACUUUUGAGGCACCUGAGCUCCCGGAGGAGACACUCAUGGAGCAAGAGCACACGGACAUCCUGCGCAGCUUACGGUUCACCCUGGCCUUCGUCCACUACGUGAUGGAGAUUGCGGCCGUCCGAGGAAGCACCACUGAAAUGAACAGCUCAGUGGCCUCCGAGUACCAGCUACAGGAGAGCGUCGUGGCCGACCAGAUCAGCCUGCUCAGCAAAGAAUGGAGCUAUGCCGAACAACUGGUGCUGUAUCUGAAGGUCGCUGAGCUACUGUCCUCGGGCUUACAGAUGGCCAUUGACCAGAUCCGGGCAGGCAAGCUGUGUCUCUCCUCCACAGUCAAGCAAGUGGUGAGGAAACUCAAUGACCUGUAUAAAUCCAGCGUGUCUUCCUGCCACUGCUUGAACAUGAGGCUGCAGCGCUGGUUCCUGGAUAAGCAGAAGCUCAUGGACCGUAUCAACAGCAUCACGGCCGAGAAGCUCAUCUUCAGCUACGCGGUGCAAAUGGUUCAAGCUGCUGCCCUGGACGAGAUGUUCCACCACCGAGAGGACUGCGCCCAAAGGUACCACAAGGCACUGCUGCUGAUGGAGGGCCUGUUGAACAUCAUCACCGAACAAGGGGACAUUGAGAACAUUAACAAAUGUAAAAUGUGUAUCGAACGCAGACUAUCUGCCCUAUUGUCGGGGAUCUGUGCGUGACGAGGAGCCAGCUGCCCUCGCUUUGCAGGUGACCCCUGUCCGUUUCUAGACACCUGCUGCCAAGAUGGCGAACCCCAUUUGAACACUGGUGAUGACUUCUUUCCCCGUUGGCAUGAUUCAAGGAGAGCUCCCCCAGGUUUGGAGCGGGGCCCUCUCCCUCGCUCUCUCCAAGGACAGUCGAAGGCUAGUUUGCAGUCUCUUUGCUGCAGGGGCAGACCAGAGGAAGGCAAUACGACUCACGGGAGACCUGGGUGUUAUCCCUGCUGCCUCGCCCCUGGCUUUCAUUUGCUGGAAGAGAGCUAGGUGAAGAAUCGAGCAUCUUUCAUGCCCAUUUCGGAGGACUGGGCGGCCGCUGCGAAGCCUGCCCUGCCGAGGGCUUGGAGGCGUUAUAGCUCUGUGGUCCGUUGCUGGCAGUGGAUACACUGAGCACCCUUGCGUUGGGAGCGAAGAAGCUUCGUUGGAAAGGGUUGGAAAGGACGUCCUUCACAGUCCGGGCCAGCUGCGUCCUCGACCCCACGUCUGCCGAGAGCUAAUCGGCCAGGACCUUUCUGGAGAAGUGUACCUCCUAUUCUGUGUUUGUCCACAGCUGCUCACACGUGUCAUCACUUCCUGCCUAAGAGAAGGCUUGCACGGUCAAGAAACUCGAUUUUGCGGCAGACAGGAAGUGUGGAAGUGCACUACGUCAGUGUUGCUGAAGAGGCAGUUGUUCUGGGUCUGCAUCUAAACGGAGUGAUGCAAGUUGACUCUCUUUUGCAUUGGUCUUGAGAAGCCAAAAUGUAUGUGUGGUUCCCUCCCUGCCCCAUUCUUCACCCAAAGGAGAGUUGCUCAUAGAUGCAUGGAUAUGACUCUCCUCCCAUUGACACAUCUCCAGUAUGAGAAAACAUCUGUGCAGAUUUUGGGCUUUCAGCUGUUGGCCAGAAUAUUAUCCUUCCUCCCAAUCCUGGGGGCAGGGAUCAAAACAGAAACACACACACACACACACACACACACACUCACUCUUUGUGAAUCAAAGGAGCACUUUACGGACAAUUUGAACUUGAGCCUUCUGGCACUGCAUCCUGCAAUGACCCGAGGACGUUGUGACUUCUAGGAAUGCUGUUCCCCUCGCCUUUUCACCCCGUUUGCGGCUACGUUGUUGGUUGUUUGAUUGUUGGGGUUUUUUAAAAUUUCAUUUUUAAAAAUUGCACUACAAGUGUGUAUGUGUGUUCGUAUAUAUAUAUAUAUAUAUUAAUAUAUAUCGAUGGAGUGGAUAUGUAUUAAUAUGUAUAUGAUCUAAUGGUAUAGUGUGUUAUUUGUGUUUGAACUGUACUGUAUUGUAUGCUUGUGUGUGGCGGGGUGAGGGCGAUCGUGCAGUCCACAUUAUCUCUGCAAUAGGCAGUGCUAGCUUGACAACUUUCCGUACCAAGAAUUGUUUGCUUUACAGUUUAA